ACGGUAAUCGAAUCGCCGGUGGCCCAACUCUCCUUAUCUCUUUCCGGCUCCAAGAAAUCUCUCUUCCCACCACUACACAGCAGAUUGCUGUGAAUCUGCUGUGAUCUUCAUCUCCCGCCCGAUAUCGGGAUGAGCGAUCCACCACACGAGUUGACUGGCACACAACCGCCGCCGGCGAAAAGCCGUCCGCGAUCAUCCCUUUCAUCGGCGGCGGAAGUAGCGACUACCAGCGGUAGGGAUCGCAUCAAAAAAUCGAGGCCCCCGCCUCCACCUCCGCCUCCACCGCCUCCCCGACGGGAAGCUAGGGUUCCGCUGCGGCUGCUCUUACAAGUGACAGUAGUGGCGAGCGGUGUGCAGUUCGGAUGGGCUCUGCAGCUCUCGCUGCUGACUCCCUACGUACAGGAGCUGGGAAUCCCGCACUCGUUUGCAAGCUUCGUGUGGCUCUGCGGGCCGCUCUCGGGGCUCUUCGUGCAGCCCCUUGUCGGCGUCAUGAGCGAUCGAUGCUAUAGUAAAUUGGGGCGGCGCCGCCCUUUCAUUAUUGGUGGCGCCGCCGUCAUCGCGGUAUCCGUUCUACUGAUCGGGCACGCGGCCGAUAUUGGCGGUAUUUUGGGCGAUCCUGCUGAUGCGGUUGUCCGGCCUCGUGCUAUUGCUAUAUUCGUGGUGGGGUUUUGGCUUCUUGAUGUUGGAAAUAACACCAUCCAGGGGCCUUGUAGGGCUCUUCUUGCCGAUCUCACAGGGAAGGAUCACAGGAGAACUCGGGUAGCAAAUGCGUAUUAUUCUCUCUUUAUGGCCUUGGGUAGUGUUCUGGGCUAUGCUGCUGGGUCUUUUAGUGGCUGGUUUAAGAUCUUACCAUUUACUCUCACGUCAGCUUGUAAUACAAAUUGUGCGAACCUCAAGUCAGUUUUCCUUGUUGAUGUUAUUCUUCUUGUUUUAAGUACAUAUAUAAGUAUAUCAUCAGUCAAGGAAGUUCCCCUUUCUAGAGCCUCUUCAUCACCCGAUGAGGAAACACCCGCUCAAGAGGCUUUCUUUUGGGAUUUGCUGGGCGUGUUUCGAUAUAUAACAUUGCCUAUUUGGAUAAUCUUAAUUGUCACUUGCCUUAAUUGGAUAGGAUGGUUUCCUUUCACCCUCUUUGACACUGAUUGGAUGGGACGAGAAAUAUACAGAGGAGAUCCAAAUGGAGGGCAAAAUUAUCAUACAGGAGUGAGGAUGGGAGCUUUCGGGCUAAUGUUGAAUGCUAUUGUUCUUGGGUUUACUUCGGUAAUGCUGGAAAAACUUUGCAGAAAGUUGGGAUCUGGCUUAGUUUGGGGAAUUUCAAGCAUUAUUUUAUCUUUCUGCUUGGGUGCAAUGCUCAUAAUAACUGCGGUGUUGAAAAAUAUGGAUAUUUCGAGCACAGGAUUGCCACCGACUGGCAUAGUUGUUGCUGCUCUAAUUGUUUUCACCGUCCUGGGCGCGCCUUUGGCAAUCACCUAUAGUCUUCCUUAUGCAUUGAUAUCCGCUCGUAUAGAGUCUUUAGGGCUUGGACAAGGACUUGCGAUGGGUGUUCUAAACUUGGCAAUUGUGAUCCCUCAGAUCAUUGUAUCUCUGGGAAGUGGACCAUGGGAUCAGUUAUUUGGAGGUGGGAACUCUCCCGCCUUUGCUGUGGGAGCAGCUUCAGCUUUUUUUGGCGGCUUGGCGGCCAUUAUUGCUAUUCCCCGGACACAUCCUGCAAAACCAAAGGAACCUGCAAAACCAAAGAACCGCCGAUAAGGUAACAGAAAGAUGCAAUGAGAAGCCAUUCUUUAUGGGAAGGAUAAUUUGUGGAAGGCGGUGGAUAUCAUCCUCUUUAUAAAGUUUGCAGACAACUGAUGAGGGGGGAGAUGAGCUUCUUCGUAUGCUGAUUAGCAGAAAUAAAAAUCCUUUUGAAUUAUAUUUGUAUAAUCUUGGAACUAUUUUAAAGUCACAAUCGGGCACCAUUUGAGAUUAAUGCAGAGAGAUUUCAGUGGAAGAUGGUGGCUUCAUGAUUUUUGUUGUCAUUCGUAAUUAAUGUUUAUUGAAUUGAUUCGAUGUUUAUUUACUGUAAUAAUUUCUUUGCUUGAGCUGUUUUGUAUUGUUGAUUCCUAUGAAAAGAAACAUCCCCCCCCCCCUGUUAGCUUACAUGGGCAUCUAUGAACAAAUGAUAUAUUCAUCA